AAAACAUCUCUUACAUUCAAACUAAGCUAAUUUCUUAUUAUUCCAUCGGGGCCAUGGGGUUUGUUAUUGUCGACAAACGUAAAGGAAUCGUGACUUGUGAGACACCUGUUUUUCAGCCUGGAGGCCCUGAAUCACAUGUUCCUCCGACAAGCACUGAAAAGCAGUUGAGGGCAAUUUUCAUGGAGUGCGAUAUCAAUAAGGACGGUGUUCUCAGCAAGAAAGAGCUAAAGCGAGCCUUCCGUCGUCUAGGUGCACUUAUCCCUGCCUUUAGAGCCGCCCGUGGGCUCCACCAUGCCGAUGCCAACCACGAUGGGGUUGUAGACAUGGAUGAGUUGGAUGAUCUCAUCAAAUAUGCUUAUCGUCUUGGGUACAAGGUUACUUAGAGCUUUAAAAUGUAAUUAAGCAAGGUUGUGCCCCUGUGCAUGCAAUUCCAUAUGUGUGUGUGGUUUGCCGGGGCAUCAAUUGGGGAAAUAAAAACUUAUUCUCUGUGUCUUUUUUAGAAGAGAUGGUUCUCCCUC